GUCACUGUGAAAGUAAGUCGCUUUUAGCUAGCAGCAAAUACUUCGCAUACAGUUUGAUAGUUCACUUUUAACUUAUCAAAUAAGCUGUGGAAAGUAAGUUUUCUUCAGCACCUACAUAGUACAAAGUAUAUUUGUGUCUUCUAUCGGGUGUGAAGAAGAAAAAAAGUCCCGAAAACGGUUCCUAAAGUGGGGUACACGAAUUGUCAUAGGGGUACGUGAAUAAAAAUGAAAAACAAUUAGCGCCUAACGCUCACAAUUACGAGUGCGGCUGAACGACUCACGGCGCAAGGACAACGGAGCAGAAAGGAGACAGCAUUGCUCUGUUUGCAUUAUAUGAACAAAUAAUGUCAUUGCGAUGGAGAGGCGUACAUUGAUGCAGAUCGCCGAGGAGCUGGAGUCCUCCGAAGUGGCCACGCUCUGCUUCUUGUGCCGUGAUGUCGUCAACAAGAAGCGGCUGGAGGGAAUCGAAGAUGCAAAGGAGUUGUUCUACAGACUGGAAGAAAGAGGUCUGCUGGAGAACUGUGAAUUUCUCGCUCAGUUGCUCGACACAAUUAAUCGAGCAGACCUCCUCAGCCUCCUGGGGACAAACAGGCAGUGUAUGGAGGAAACUGAUGCAAAACCUAUAUUGUCGAAUUACAGGGUGAUGCUGUAUCAUUUAUAUGAUGACAUCACUAAAAUGAAUCUCGAAAGGAUUAAGUUUCUUUUGAGCAACAAGAUUGGCAGGAGACAAAUGGAGGAAUGUAAAACGGCGUUGGAUGUAUUUGUAGAAAUGGAAAAGGUGGCUUUAUUGUCUAAUACGUCUCUUGAUGAGCUGCAUUCAAUACUGCUGGAGGUUGAUGUACAACUGGCAUCGCAAGUCCAGAAAUAUAUUAAUGAAGCACGUCCUGCUGGUUGCAUCAUGGAUUACCAGCAUGCCAACAACGUCCCUCUUGUAUCCAUAUCGGAGACUCAGCCUUCCUAUGAAAGGGGGCAUAUUUCCUCAGAUGCGGAAACAAACAAGUCUAACUUUCUUUCUGAUCAGCAGGAAGACUACUAUGCAAUGAGUCAUAACCCUCACGGUUUGUGUGUGAUCAUCAACAAUGAGGAAUUUUCGGGACCAGAGCUGAAAAAAAGGAGUGGAACUCAGGUGGACGAGAAGGCUCUUCGAUCAGUGUUUUCGGAAUUGGGCUUCACAGUGAAAGUGUAUAGUAACCUGACUGCAGAGGAGAUAAGACAGACGCUAAUUAUCCUUGCUGCAAGAGAUUUUUCAGAUGAAGAUGCUGUGGUGGUGUGUUUGCUUUCCCAUGGAGAAAAGGGUUGUGUCUUUGGGACUGAUGAAAAAACGGUGUCCAUACGAGAACUGACUCUGCCCUUCACAAGUGGAUGUGCCCCCACCUUGGCAGGAAAACCAAAGCUGUUCUUCAUCCAAGCAUGUCAGGGAGCUGGCUAUCAGAAAGGUUCUUUGCCAUGCCCCCAGAAGCCAAAAGAAGAGGGUGAGGACAAACCGAGUCGCUUGGAGGAGGAUGCAGGUCCCAUCCACGGUGAGACAGUGCCUUCAGAUGCCGACUUCUUGUUCGGCAUGGCCACUGUACCGGAAUGCAGGUCAUUUCGAAACACAUCCACAGGCUCCAUCUACAUCCAAGAGUUGUGCAAGCAGCUCCGACUAUCAGCUAAGAGCCCGGGGGAGGAGGACAUCCACAGUAUCCUGACACGUGUGAACAGGGAGGUCAGCAGGGGAGUGUAUCAAAAACACAAACAAAUGCCUCAGCCCAACUACACGCUCACCAAGAAACUUGUUUUCAAAUUUGUUGAUGCGGGCCAAGUGGAACUCUCCUAACGUGCCAUAUUGCCACAUGUACUGUACAGUGGUGUGAAAAAGUGUUCGCCCCCUACCUGAUUUAUUUUUUUGCAUGUUUAUCACACUUAAAUGUUUCAAAUCAUCAAACAAAUAUUAGUCAAUGACAACACAACUGAACACAAAAUUCAAUUUUGAAAUGAAACUUUUUAUUAAGGGAGAAAAAAAUAAAUCCAAACCUACAUGGCCCUGUGAGGAAAAAGUGAUUGCCCCCUAAACCUAAUAACUGGUUGGGCCACCCUUGGCAGCAACAACUGCAAUCAAACGUUUGUGAUAACUUGCAAUGAGUCUCUUACAGCGCUGUGGAGGAAUUUUGGCCCACUCAUCUUUGCAAAAUUGUUGUCAUUCAGCCACAUUGGAGGGUUUUCCAGCAUGAAGCGCCUUUUUAAGGUCAUGCCACAGCAUCUCAAUAGGAUUCAGGUCAGGACUUUGACUAGGCCACUCCAAAGUCUUUAUUUUGUUUUUCUUCAGCCAUUCAGAGGUGGACUUGCUGGUGUGUUUUGGAUCAUUGUCCUGCUGCAGAACCCAAGUUGGUUUCAGCUUGAGGUCACCAACAGGUGGCCGGACAUUCUCCUUCAGAAUUUUUUGGUACACAGGAGAAUUCAUGGUUCCAUUUAUCACAGCAAGUCUUCCAGGUCCUGAAGCAGCAAAACAGCCACAGACCAUCACACUACCACCACCAUAUUUUACUGUUGCUAUAACAUUCUUUUUCUUCAAAUGCGGCCAGAUGUAAUGGGACACACACCUUCCAAAGACUUCAACUUUUGUCUCCUCAGACCACAGAGUAUUUUCCCAAAGGUCUUGGGGAUUAUCAAGAUGUUUUCUGGCAAAAUUGAGACAAGCCUAAUGUUCUUUUCGUUCAGCAGUGGUUUUGGUCUUGGAACUCUGCCAUGCAGGCUGUUUUUGCCCAGUGUCUUUCUUAUGGUGGAGUCAUGAACACUGACCUUAACUGAGGCAAGAGAGGCCGGCAGUUCUUUGGGUGGUGUUGUGGGGUCUUUUGUGACCUCUUGGAUGAGUCGUUGCCGCGCUCUUGGGGUCAUUUUGGUCGGCUGGACACUCAUGGGAAGGUUUACCACUGUUCCAUGUUUUUGCCAUCUGUGGAUAAUGGCUCUCACUGUGGUUUGCUGGAGCCCCAAAGCUUUAGAAAUGGCUUUAUAACCGUUUCCAGACUGAUAUCUCAAUUAAUCUCAGUUAUGUUAUGUUUUAACAAGGGGGAGAAUCACUUUUUCACACAUGGCUAUGUAUGUUUGUUUUACCUCCCUUAAUAAUAAAAAAUUUCAUUUAAAAACUGAAUUUUGUAUUCAGUUGUGUUGUCAUUGACUAAUAAAUUAAAUUUGUGAUGAUGUGAAACAUUUAAGUGUGACAAACAUGCAAAAAAAACAAAAAAAAGAAAUUAGGAAGGGGGCAAACACUUUUUCACACCACUGUAUUUUGCCUCACACCCAAGACUGUGCUUGAAUGUUUGUGAAUUGUGCUGAUGUUAACAAAAAAGGUGCCUUCCCUAUGAUUGACUGGCACCGGUCCAGGGUGUACACCCAUUCACACUUAAAAUCAGCUUGCGUGGGCUCCAGCUAAGCCAGAUAAGUGGGAGAAUAUAAAUGAAUUCAUACAAACCAUAACACUUUCCUGAUCCACACAGAGAUUACAUUUUGUCUUUAAAGUGUUUACAAUCAUGCCACUGGCACGUGAAAAUGUGAUUUUUGACAACAUUUUGUCACUGAAUGUGGAUUUUUUGUGAGCAUUUAAUACAAAUGUAAUUUUAAAAAAUAUGCUUGUUUUUCACAAUAAAAAGUGCCUUAUCUGAUAUAGUGCUUCUUUUAAUGUUGUGUACAUGUGAAGUCUAAAUUGCUGAAAUACAAUAUCUAGUAAUAUUUUUUCAUUGUUAUGUUGCAGCAUUCCAAUAUUAAAAGUGGGCAUUUGAUUGACACGAAAUGCAAGAGAAGGGUUAUACUUUUUACUUGAUAUUUUUCGAUUAUUUUUUUCCUUUAAUUUGUUGAUCAUGAUUACAAUCAGGACAAAGAUUUUAGGCAGUCAGUUUAUGCUGUCAACAAACUUACUUGUGAACAAUUUAACAAUAUAAGACAAUACUGUUGGCUUCCAUUCAAAUCCUUUUGUUUUUUGACCCCCAAGCAUUCCUGUGUCCAAGAACUGACGCAGUAGUUUUCGCUGCUGUCGAUGUCUGAAUAUCGAAACCUCACCGAAGCGAAACUCGCCACUGUGUAUUAGUUUGCCUCCAGUGCAUUAAAAUCUAUGUUGUAAUUGUAAAACGCAAUAUGGUACACUUUUAAGAUAAUAAAGAAUCAAGAAGAUGAUAUUCGUCGCGUCUCCACAACACGAGUGAGCGGAUCGAUCCAACUAUCGAUACCGUGAUAAAUAUUGGGUCUACUGACGUGAUAUCUUUCAGUUAGCUUCUGAAAUUUAUUUUGAC